AUGCCGGCUGCGACGUCCACCCCGGCGCAGAUGCGCUCGCUCUACCGCUCUCUCCUCCGAGAGCUCGCGCCCAGAGCCCCCUCAUCCCCAGCAUCACAAGCGCGAUCGCCCCUCCACCAACGAUUGCGGCAGAGCUUCUCAGCCGAUCCGACGCACCAGCAUUCUGUCGAGCAGGCCGAACAGCUAGUCCAAUACCUCAGGGCGCAGCGACAAUACACGACGCUGCUGGAGCGAUACAACCCCGGCAUGGGCAUGGACGAAGAGGAACGCGUCCGCCUGACUGCCCGCCGGGUCGGCAUGGAUCUACCUGUAGAGUACAGUCGGGACGGCGGGAAAAGCUGA